CAUAUUUCAGAUUUCUUCGAAAUGGUCGAAAUCGAUAAAGAAUUUCCGAAGAAAUGGCCAUUUGGCAUAGUUAUGACAGCUCAGUGGUUUGGUUGCUUUAUAUUGCUGAUCAUUUUGUAUUGCUCACCGUAUUACUACAGUGGGACAUCGUUCGUAUUUUUCUGCGCUUGGACAAUAUUUUUUGUCGGCUUAAUUACGUGGAUUGUCCAUCUACUUGGUUUUCAAAGACAAAUGUUGAAUAUCGGACAGAUGUCCGCAUUUAUACCAUUUGCGCUUCUGCUUUUCGUAUAUUCGUUGCUUUUUUUCUUCUUCUUCUGCAUUUCGGCGUUGAUCUGCAUGAUUAGCAUGUUUUCAUCGAUUGGCUUUGCUGCCAGCCUUUUCUUCGUCUACCUUUUCGCCACGUUACUUUGUUUGUUUUGCGCUGCAAUGUGUGGUUACUUGGCAAUCCUUCUGUAUCGUGCUACUCCUAAUGGAUUGCUUCUGAACUUGAGAACGGUGAUAAUCGAGGGUGAUAAGACCAGCACAAUUAGUACUACAACAGCUACGUCUCCCGGAAUCUAUCCUCAGGGAACGAAUCCUGUAUAAUAUGGUAUUUCACAAUAUUAUACGAAUAUAAAAAGCAUUUGCAGCACAGUAGUAUGAAGGUGCUGUACUCAGUGAGCUGCUUUUAUCUACCCAAAGAAAUGUGCUUGUAAUGUUUUUGAUAUUUCGCUAGCUUAAAAUUAGCUUGUCAUGAAUAUGAAAGCAAGUGAUUAUCUUGGUUCUGUCUAUUUCAUAACUAUUGUUCUAAAACGUUUGUGUUUUUUAAUGGGUGUUGUAUGUUGGAAAAAUUCUUGACAGCAAAUUUAGAACUCUUCUUAUCAUUUAAAUAGACUCCUCAAAAGAAAUUUGGAAUUUCA